UUAGCCUAAAAAAUCUAAACUGAAGAGGAAGAUAGUGCUUACCCCAAGCAGGGCUCCUCAUCAGUCAUCCCACAGUAUCCAUAUAUAUCCUUAUAUCAGUAAAAAGAGGUGUAUAGAUAAGCAUGCGGAGGUCCUUGGGCGGCGGCGGCGGCGGCGGCAGAGGUAUGGGCGGUGGCAUGAUCAGAACCUUCCAGAGGGCUGUCAAGGCUGGGGUCGGCGGCGCACCACCGGACACCAUUGGUGGUGGAAUACCCAAGAAGCUUAACAACACAUCUCCCAACACUGCUUUAACUCUUUUUUCUCCAUCUUUCUCUUCAACGCUGAAUCUUCCGGCACCUGCGCCGGCGUGGAUCUCUUCUUCUUCUUCCACCGAUGGAUCGGAGUGGGAGUAUGUUGAAUUCGAAGAUGAGACGGUGGCGCGUGGUUUGCACGACGAUUAUGUGUUUGGAACUGUUCCAUCUACUGAUGAGGUGCAUCAUGCAGUUUCUGCACUUCAACAGGCCGUAGGUUGGUCGGCAAAAGUAGGAGAUAGUGAAAUGGAUUGGAUUGAACCCUCGCAACAUGAUGUGGUGAGUGAUGCCUUCCAUUUAUUGGAGACUGAACCUUCGGUGCAGAGAAUGGUUGUUUCUUUAUCAUCUGAUCAGGCGGUGUGGGAUGCAGUCCUCAACAACGAGGUCGUGAGGGAGCUCCGAGGAUCAAUCCAUGGGGUUGUUGGGGAGAGCGAUGGAGACGACAGCAACAACAUCCUGGGUUGGGUUGUUAGGUUUGCCAAGGGCAAAAUCAUGCAGCUGCUGGACCUCAUCACCAAGCUUGUGAAUAGUGAUGAGAAGAAGGGAGAUGGAGAUGAUGGGUUGGAUGUGAAAGUGAGAAGCUCCUUCUUCCUCUCACUCAUGGUACUACUUGUUGUCAUCCUCGCUCGAACCAAGACCACCAAUGCCUGAUCACAAUUCGCUGACUUUACCAUGCUUCUUCCUUGUUCAACUCUACACAUCAUUUUGAUCGUUGAUAUGAAAUAAUUUUAGGCCAUGCUUCAAA